AUGUUGUCAGCAGAGCCUGAGCACAAAGAGAUGAACGAGAAUGUUAUACAGGGAACUCAGGUGGAAGAGAGACCCUAUCAAUGCAGCCGAUGUGGAAAAAGCUUCAAACGCAAGUCGAACCUUUAUGAACACCAAAGAGUUCACACAGGAGAGGCCCCCUAUUUAUGUAUGUGGUGUGGGAAAAGCUAUAAGACCAGCUCAUCCCUUGUUCUGCAUGAAAGAAGUCACACGGGAGAGAAGCCCUAUAAAUGUGAGGAAUGUGGAAGAAGCUUCAGUCGUAAGUCAGUCCUUGCCCUACACCAAGUAACCCACACUAAAGAGAAGCCUUAUAAAUGCUCAGAAUGCGGGAAGAGAUUCCGUCAAAAGUUCAGCUUGAACGUACACCAGAGAUCCCACAAAGGGGAGAGGCCACACAAAUGCUCAGAAUGUGGUAAGAGUUACCUUACUCAACCUAACCUUACGGUGCAUCAAAGAAUCCACACGAAAGAGAAGCCUUAUCAAUGUGAUACGCAGGUAAUUGAGAAAGAAGGAGAAUGUUGUGCGGUAUCAUCAACGGGACCUGAGCACAAAGAGAUGAACGGGAACGGUAUACAGGAAACUCAGGUGGAAGAGAGACCCUAUCAAUGCAGGCAAUGUGGAAAUAGCUUCAAACACAAGUCGAACCUUUAUCGACACCAAAGAGUUCACACAGGAGAGGCCCCCUAUAUAUGUAAGCAGUGUGGGAAAAGCUUUAGGCGCAACACGUCCCUUACUGAGCAUGAAAGAAGUCACACGGGAGAGAAGCCCUAUAAAUGUGAGGUGUGUGAUAAAAGCUUCAGGUACAAGCGAAAUCUUGCCCUACACCAAGUAACCCACACUAAAGAGAAGCCUUAUAAAUGCUCCGAAUGCGGGAAGAGCUUUGGCCUAAAGAGAAGCUUGAAAGCACACCAGAGAACCCACAUAGGGGAGAGGCCACACAAAUGCUCAGAAUGUGGCAAGAGUUACAUUACCCGAUCCAACCUUAGGAAGCAUGAAAGAAUCCACACGAAAGAGAAACACAAAAGAAUCCACACCAAAGAGAAACCUUAUAAAUGCUCAGAAUGCGAACAGAGCUUCAGUCUCAAGAGCAACUUGACAGAACAUCAGAGAAUCCACUCAGGGCACAUGCCAUACACUCAGAAUGUGGCAAGAGGUGAUAUGCAGGUAACUGAGAAUGAAGGAGAACGUUGUGCGAUGUUCUCAAUGGGGCCUGAGCACAAAGAGAUGAACGGGAAUGUUAUGCAGAGAACUCAGGUGGAAGAGAGACCCUAUCAAUGCAGCCGAUGUGGAAAAAGCUUCAAACACAAGCCGAAUGUUUAUGCACACCAAAGAGUUCACACAGGAGAGGCCCCCUAUAUAUGUAUGUGGUGUGGGAAAAGCUAUAAGACCAGCCAAUCCCUUGUUCGGCAUGAAAGAAGUCACACGGGAGAGAAGCCCUAUAAAUGUGAGGAAUGUGGAAGAAGCUUCAGUCGUAGGUCAGUCCUUGCCAUGCACCAAGUAACCCACAUGGAAGAGAAGCCUUAUCAAUGCUCAGAAUGCGGGAAGAGCUUCAGUCACAAGUUCAGCUUGAAAAAAAGGAGCUUUGGCACUCAAUGUUUCCUUCACUAG